AUGGCAACAUCUGUAGAUCUGCUGAGAACUUUGGAAAAUUUAGCAGAUGGAGACUUUAAAAAGUUCAAAUGGUUCCUGCAGCAGGCUGAUGUCUUGGAGGGCUUCACAGCUAUCCAAAGGAGCCAGCUGGAGAACGCAGACAGGUUGGACACAGUUGAUGAGAUCAUAGAGACCUACAACGAAAAGGCAGUGGAGGUGACCAUAAUGGUUUUGAAGAGGAUAAAAAAAAAUGCCUUGGCGCAGCAUUUAUCAAACAUCAACUCAACAUCCAAAGAGACUCUCGCUGAUUGCCAGCGUAAACUAAAAUCCUACCUGAGGAAGAAGUUUCAGCAUUCGUAUGAGCAAGACACAAAAUCUGGAAAGCAGAUAUUGAUGAAUGACAUCAACACUGAGCUCUAUAUAAUGGAGGAAAAGUCUCAAAAGGUCAACGUGACACAGGGGAUUAGCCAAACUGCAGCAUCAUCCAGCAAAACAGUUAAUCUGGAACAGACCAUCAGUAUAGAAGACUUCUUUAAACCCUUCCCUGGUCAAGAUGAAUCAGUCAGAACAUUAAUGACAAAAGGAGUGUCUGGUAUUGGGAAAACAGUCUUGACACAGAAGUUUGCUCUGGACUGGGCUGAAGACAACGUCGACAACAAUAUACAGCUCCUGUUUCCAUUCACUUUCCGAGAGUUGAAUUUGCUUAAAGACAGAAAAUACAGCUGGGUGGAACUUCUCCAUCACUUCUUUGCUGAUACCAAAGAAGUAGAAAACUUUGAUAAACUCCAGAUUGUAUUUAUAUUUGAUGGUCUGGAUGAGUUUCAACUUUCUCUUGACUUCCACAAUAACGAAAUCCUGACUGAUGUCACUGAGUCAGCCUCAGUGGAUGUGCUGCUAACAAACCUCAUCAUGGGGAAGUUGUUUCCUUCUGCUCAUCUCUGGAUAACAACAACACCUGAGGCAGCCAGUCAAAUCCCUCCAGAGUACAUUCACAUGGUGACAGAGAUGAGAGGGUUCACGGAUUCAGAGAAGGAGGAGUACUUCAGGAAGAGAUUCAGAAAUAAGGAGCUGACCAGCAGAACUCUCACCCACAUCAGGGCUUCACGAAGCCUCCAGAUCAUGUGCCACAUCCCAUUUUUCUGCCUGAUCACUGCUUCAGUUCUGGAGGAUGUGUUGAAAACCAGUGACAAAGGGGAGCUGCCCAAGACCCUGACUGAGAUGUACACACACUUCCUCGUGGUUCAGUCCAAACUAGCAAAUGUCAAAUACAACGAAGGAGCUGAGACAGAUCCACCCUGGAACACCAAGACCAGCAAGAUGAUUCUUGCCCUAGGAAAACUGGCUUUUGAGCAGCUCCAGAAAGGCAACCUGAUAUUCUGUGAAGCAGAUCUUUUAGACAGUGGCAUUGAUAUUAGAGCAGCCUCGGUGUACUCAGAAGUUUUCACACAGAUCUUUAAAAAGGAGCGUGGGAUAAACCAGGAUCAACUUUUCUGCUUUGUCCAUUUAAGCUGUCAGGUGUUUCUGGCUGCUGCUCAUGUCAUUGUGUCAUUCAUCAACUCUGGUGUCAACCUCUUGUCGGAAGAACAAUCAACCUUCCUCAUCACAGACAGAUCUGCAGUAAAACAUCUCUACCAGAGUGCAGUCGACAAGGCUUUACAGAGUCCUAAUGGACACUUGGACUUGUUCCUUCGCUUCCUCAUGGGCCUCUCAUUGCAGACCAAUCAAGCACUUCUUCAAGACCUACUGAAACAGUCAGGAAGUAGCUUACAAAGCAAUCAAGAAACAGUCCAGUACAUCAAAAAGAAAAUCGAGGAGAAUCCCUCUCCAGAGAGAUGCAUCAAUCUGUUUCACUCUCUAAAUGAGCUGAACCAUCAUUCUCUAGUGGAGGAGAUCCAACAGUACGUGAGUUCAAGAAGUCUCUCCACAUACAAACCCUCUCCUGCUCAAUGGUCAGCUCUGGUCUUUAUCCUACUAUCAUCAGAGAGUGAGUUGGACGUGUUUGACCUGAAGAAAUUCUCAGCUUCAGAGGAAGGUCUUCUGAGGUUUCUGCCAGUGGUUCAAGCCUCCAGUGUAUCUCUGCUAAGUGGCUGUAUGCUGUCUGGGAGAAGCUGUAAAGCUCUGGCCCUUGUUCUCAGUUCCCAGUCCUCUAAUCUGAGAGAGCUAGACCUGAGUUACAACAGCUUGAAGAAUCUAGGAGUCCAGGAGCUUAUAGGUGGCUUGAAGAAUCCACAAUGUAAAUUGAAAACUCUCAGACUGAUUGGCUGUGAUCUGCUAUCUGUUAGCUGUGAAGUUUUGUCUUCAGCCCUCAGUUACCAGUCCUCGAGUCUUAGAGAGUUGGAUUUGACUAACAACACACUGAGUGACUCAGGAGUGAAGCUGCUCUCAACUGGAUUGCAGAGUCCACACUGCAGACUUGAAAUUCUCAGGCUACGUGGUUGUAACCUGUCAGAAAAAAGCUGUGAAGCUAUGGUCUCAGUUCUCUCUUCCCAGACCUCCAGCUUGAAAGAGUUGGACUUGAGUAACAACAGUUUGCAGGAUUCAGGAGUGAAGUUCCUCUCUGCUGGACUGGACAGUCCACACUGUAACCUGGAAACUCUCAGGCUGAGUGGCUGUAAGCUGUUGGAGAGAAACUGUGAAGCUCUGGCCUCAGGUCUCAGCUCCCAGACCUCUAGUCUGAGAGAAGUGGAUAUGAGUAACAAUGACCUGCAGGAUUCAGGAGUGAAGCUGCUCUCUGCCGGACUUGAGAGUCCUAAAUGUAGACUGAAAACUCUCAGGUUGUCAGGCUGUCAGGUCACAGAGGAAGGCUGUGCUUCUCUGGCCUUAGCUCUGAACUCCAACCCCUCCCAUCUGAGAGAGCUGGACUUGAGCUACAAUCAUCCAGGGGACUCAGGAGAGACGCUCCUCUCUGCUGGACUGCGGAAUCCACACUGGAGACUGGACACCCUCAGAGUGGACCAUGGUGGAAUGCAGAGGUUAAAAUCUGGUCUGUGGAAGUAUGCCUGUGAACUCACACUGGACCCAAAUACAGUACACAGAAGACUCAUCCUGUCUGAGAACAACAGACAGGUGAAAUAUGUGGAGGAGGAACAGCCAUAUCGAUAUCACCCAGACAGAUUUGAUUCCUUCAAACAGCUAUUGUGUAGUGACGGUCUGACUGGUCGCUGUUACUGGGAAGUUCUAGCGAAUAACAUAUUUUAUGUGGCAGUGGCUUACAGAGGAAUCAGCAGAAGAGGAAAUGGUAAUGAAUGCAAGUUUGGAGGGAAUGACAAGUCCUGGAGUCUAUACUGCCAAAAUGGUUGUCACUCUGUUUGGCACAAUAACACAGAAACACAUUUAAGUACCCCUAAAGAUGACACCAACAGAGUAGCAGUGUAUCUGGACUGGCCUGCUGGCACUGUGUCCUUCUACAGAGUCUCGUCUGACACUCUCACUCACCUCUACACCUUCUACUCCAGAUUCACAGAACCCCUCUACCCUGGCUUUGGUUUUGAGAUUAGGCGUGGAUGUGGAUUGAAAAUAUGGGGGAUUGGUUCCUCAGUAUCUCUGCGUCAGACAGACGACGAACAACUUGGGUCAGACAUCUUCACAGAAUCCAGUGGCCAUUACGCGUGUAGUUUCACUUUCUUUGGAGCCGCCAAACUUCCAGAUUAG